ACAUGGAUACCGCUGCUUUUGUUAGAGCAAACUCAUCUAAUUUGCCAAAAGUAGACCCAUAUAUGCUUAUGGAGUUUAUGAAGAAUAGCGACAAACAUAAUGCCGGUGAAAUAAGAGAUGCCAAAGCUUUGUCGUCUUCAAGAGAAUCAUAUGUUGAGACUGCUAUUGGAUAUGUUGAAACAAAGCGGACUGGGAAUCUUUGUGAUGUGAGAGCUAAAGUUGUUCCUGAACAAAGAAUAACAAGCAAAUACUAUGUUGUGAUGGUCCAUUUAGAAGAGGCAAAUGAAUCAAUUAUAGAUACUUCAUGUGACUGUGCAGCGGGGGCUGGUGGGUGUAAACAUACUGUUGUAGUAUUACAUUGGCUACAAAAACGAAGUGCUGAACCUUCACCAACCAGUAUCCAAUGUUACUGGACGAAACCCAGCCUCAAACGGGCUCUAGACAAACCAUUAAUGUGUAAAGAUUUGGCAAAAGGAGAAGUCGCCGAAAGGGGGCCAAAGGACCCUUUGGUACUGAAAAGACUACGACAAGAAGCAACCAAACAUGGUUGUGGUAAAAGCCUGCUCAUGGUAUAUGAUCCUGAAAGACCGAUGAAAAUGAACUCAAAAUAUUGUAUUUUUGACAUGAUGGUGGAUUUUUUAGAAAAGGAAAGUAGGCCAACUUUUAACAAAUUUAAAAUAUUUAGCAAUGCAAUAAUGCUAGAAAAUAAAGAAAAAAUCAUGAAAGACACUGUAGGCCAAGUGAACUCAAAGCAGUGGCAUUCAAUUCGACAAGGCCGAAUUACAGGAUCAAAAAUUUAUGAAAUUGCUCAUUGCAAAACACCCCAUGGCAGUCUUGUUGAAGAAAUACUAGGAGGGUGCAAAGCACCAGAAACAAAGUCCAUGAAAAGGGGUAAAAUCCUAGAAAAACGAGUACUGAAUAAAGUAAAGACUGAUAUAAAUAAAGAAAUAGAAGAAUGUGGAUUUUUGAUUAUAGAUGGAAUUUUUGGAGCAUCACCUGAUGGCAUUGGAGAUGACUUUGUGGUCGAAAUUAAGUGUCCCAUUUCGGAGAAAACUAAAAAAAAUUAUAUAAAGAAUGGGCAAAUUGCGAAUAAGUUUAUGGGCCAAGUGCAAUUAGAGAUGCUAGCGGCUGGCAAAAAUAAGUGUUUGUUGUGUGUGGCGGACCCGAAAUUUGAAAGCAACAGCUUAAUUGAGACAAUUGUUGUUAAUUUUGAUAAAAAUUAUAUAGAUAAUUUGAUGAGAGACGCAGAGAAAUUUUGGGAUGAGAAUGUGUAUCCUGUAAUUUUAAAAAGUGCAUCUACAGCAUGACAUUAAUUUUGUACUUUGUAUUUAUUUUAAAUAAAUAUGUUUGUCUUGA